AGAUAAGUGGCGCGAAACACAGUCUCCAGGAUUUUUAUCACACUCGCACCCGGAGCAAGUUCGUCAUCAAGCAAGCAGUAAAAUAGCUUUUAGACAUGAUUGGGCAAAAAACUAUCAACUCUUACUUCUCCCCAAUAAACAAAAAGCGACUGUCGGAAAAUGACGAAGAGACAAAAAAUAUUAGCAUCCAAGAACCAGAAGAGAUCCUUACGCCAGUCAAAAGACGCAAGGUUGAAGAAAAUGGCACCCCGAUCUCGCCACCUCUCAGUCCGGAGCAACUUCAGCGGAUGGAAAAAAAUAAGCGUGCUGCCCUCGAAAAGCUGGCGUCGCGCGGCGUCCCGGAGGGCUUUGGGAAUGGCUGGAAAGAGGAGCUGCAACCCGAAUUCAACAAGUCUUACUUCACAAAACUCAUGGCCUUUGUAGCAGAGGAAAGGAAGCGUCAUACAGUGUAUCCACCAGCCCAUCAAGUAUUCACCUGGACUCAGAUGUGUGACAUUUGGGAUGUGAAAGUUGUGAUCUUGGGUCAGGACCCUUAUCAUGGUCCCAGCCAGGCACAUGGGUUGUGCUUCAGCGUCCAGAGACCUGUUCCACCUCCACCCAGUUUAGAAAAUAUGUACAAAGAACUGGAAUCGGACAUAGAAGGGUUUAAACAUCCAGGACAUGGCGACCUUACAGGAUGGGCCAAACAAGGUGUUCUGCUUCUCAAUGCGGUCCUUACCGUCCGAGCUCAUCAAGCCAAUUCUCACAAGGAUCGAGGCUGGGAGCAGUUCACUGAUGCAGUUAUACAGUGGCUUAAUAAUAACCAGGAGGGUCUUGUCUUCAUGCUUUGGGGAGCAUAUGCCCAGAAGAAAGGCUCUUGUAUUGAACGGAAGCGACAUCAUGUUCUCCAGGCCGUUCAUCCAUCUCCUCUCUCUGCCCAUAGAGGAUUUUUUGGUUGCAAGCAUUUUUCCAAGACUAAUGAUUUCCUCAAGAAAUUGGGAAAGAAGCCGAUUAAUUGGAGGGCUCUAUGAACCCUUUCUUAGGUGGAUGUUCUGAGUUUGUAGUUCCAUGCACUGUGUUCUUUUUACCUCUGGGGGGGGAAGCAAUUUUUUGUCGCUGCUACAGUACAUUGAUGUAAAAGGAAGAGAUUUGUGUUGUUGCCUAGAACUGCAUUUGGAAUGAUUACGGAGGAAAAAUUUCAGGUGCAACCUUUGGGGAAAAUUCUGAAAUUUUCAACAGAUUUGAUCUUAACAUUUUACGAUUGGUUUGGAUAUUACUUUGUUAAACUAUAAGAAACAGAUGGACAGACCUGUUCUUGCAGAAUCAACAAAAAAUGAGAACUUUAGGCUAAUUAUGCAGUUUGAGAUGGCUCUCUAUACUGUCCUGUUUCUGCCAAAUUUUGACUUUCUCUGUUGCCAUCUUUAACUCGCCUGUUUUAGGAUAUUUGAAUGUUUUACUUUUUUGCCCUGUUAUUUAGGGAAGAACUUAUUUUCUCAAAGAG